UUUAAAGCUGUGUUUAUGUCUACUGAGUACCAAAAGUUGCCGGUAUUAAUAAUCGUUGUACUGUAUAAUUAUUAUACGUUUAAAUAAUUGAACAAUAUUUAAUUCUAUAUGAUGUAAAUAUACAUUAUAAAAGUGAGAUGUGUUGUAACGUAAUAUUAACUAAUACAUAAGUAUAUUUGCGAAAUUGUGAAAGAAACGGAGUAUUGGUUAUAUUAUACUAAAGUUCUACAACAAUUAGGUGAAAAUGAGUCUCUGGGUAGAUAAAUAUCGACCAACAACGCUCGCAAAAUUGGAUUACCACAAGGAACAAGCAGAAUACCUAAAAAAUAUGGUGCAGAAAGGCGAUUUUCCACAUUUGUUAGUAUAUGGACCACCAGGUGCAGGAAAGAAGACUCGGAUAAUGUGUAUUAUAAAAGAAUUAUAUGGUAGCGGAUCUGAAAGAUUGAGGAUGGAAACCAUGCAUUUUGAAACACCAUCCAAAAAAAAGUUAGAAAUAACAACCAUAAGCAGCAAUUAUCACAUAGAAGUGAAUCCUAGUGAUGUAGGUAUCUAUGAUAGAGUAGUUGUUAUGGACUUGGUAAAAACAACUGCCCAAACUCAUCAAAUAGAUUCAAGUGGACAAAGAGACUUUAAAGUUGUGCUUCUAACAAAUGUUGAUCAGCUCACUAAAGAUGCACAACAUGCACUUAGGAGAACAAUGGAAAAAUAUGUAGCUACAUGCAGAUUGAUACUUUGCGCAAAUUCAACAUCUAGAGUUUUACCAGCUAUAAGAUCUCGGUGUUUAGGAAUUAGAGUACCAGCUCCAUCAAUAUCUGACAUAAAGAAUAUUUUACAUUCAGUUUGUAAACGAGAAAGUUUAACAUUACCAGAUGAAUUAGCUACUGGAUUGGCUGAAGCUAGUGGUAGGAAUUUGAGAAGAGCUGUAUUGAUGCUUGAAGCAUGUAAAGUAGAACAAUAUCCGUUCACUGCAGACCAGAAGAUAGCAGAACCAGAUUGGCAAGUAUAUAUUAGAAAUACUGCUAACAUGAUGGUCAGUGAACAAAGUCCAAGAAAACUUUUGGAAAUACGUAAUAGACUUUACGAAUUAUUAACGCAUGCGAUUCCGACUGAUUUGAUAUUUAAGGGACUUUUACAAGAAUGCAUAAAAAAUUGCGAUCUCCAAUUAAAAAUUGAAAUUGCAACAGUUGCGGCAGAAUAUGAACAUAAAAUGCAUAGAGGAUCGAAAGCAAUUUUUCAUUUAGAGGCAUUUGUCGCACGAUUCAUGGCAAUUUAUAAAAAAUUUAUUGAUUCGUCUCUUGAAGGUUUUAUGUAAUAUAUUGAAAUGUACUAAAAGUAUAGCUACUGAAACAUAAAUAAGUUUUUUAAUAAAUUAUUAUACAUUUUCUA